GCGGUUCCUUUGUGGCGAUUCCAGCGCAGUACUCCACUUCACGCCUGCACUACCACCUGCGGCUGAAGGGACCUUUGGGCCUGCAAGUACGGGUGCAGAAGUUGCCGCAGCACCUUGGGAGGGGCUCCCAGCAGUGCAUCCGCUGGUGCCGUUGCAUGCGCUUAGUUCGGUGAAGGACGGACAACAGAUCUGUGUGGCUGUGAGUGUGGUGGAGAAUCCUGGCGCUGUCGAACGACAUCCAAAACAUGGCCCGGCAAUGGUGUGCAAUGCCAUUGUGCAGCAGGACGCAACCCGCGUCAGGUGCUCUUUCUGGCAUGAGCAAGCACAGGAAUUGGCGGAGCAGCAGGCUGGCACUUGUCUCAUGCUUUAUCAGGUUCUGAUCAGCAAAUGCAAGGAUGAGAACUCAUGGGAAAUCGGCGAGCUGGCACACAAAGACAAUUGCCGCAUGUUGACGGAGAUUCCUGUGAAGGAUUGGAUCGGUUGCCCUGCCACGCCAUCGUCGCUGAGCACUUUGGUGGGAGCUAUAGUACCAGGACAGUUGCGGAAGUUGGAGACGGUCUUUGAGGUGGUGGGCCUGCAGGUGCUUGGCAUCUCGUCCGUGAAAAGCGAUACGGAUCAGUGGCUCAUCGAUUCUUGUGUCAAAUGCAAGAAAGCAGCACAGUGCGAGGCGCACCCUACCGAAGGCACAGAGGGACGCUUCGCUUUGCGGUUGGCUUUGGCUGAUUCCAACUGCCAGUGCGCAGUCGUCCUCUACCACGAGCUGGUCCUGCGAGCGGCUGCUGACAUGGAUGCUGCUCUGCGGGAGGGAGUCCAAGAUACGCAGCCGGUGCGUGUGCAACUCCGUGAUCUCCUUCGCGCUGCACAGUGGCUGUGUCGCUUCACCUUCCGGGAGAAUGAUUACCAGCAGGCAUUGGAGUUGGAAUGUCGACACCUGACGCCUUUUCUGCGCACCAACCGAGCUGAAGCUGUUGUCGCGCCUGCAACCCUGAACAGAUGCUUGGCGGCCUUCAAUGACGCGCAGCUUCCCGACGACGAAGCUCUGCAGCAAGACAACACGUCCACGUCGGCCAUGCGCGUCAAGCGCUCUGUCGAUUGCUUAUUGUCUACCCCGACUGCCACAGGUGAGCCGAGCCGAGUGAAGCUGCGGAGUGCUGGCCCUGCAUCGGCGGUGGCUUGGAUGCUGCGAGGCAAUGCGGGAGAGACGCAUUUCGUGGCGUGGACUCCCAUGAAGCGACUUGCGAGCGUCAUGGAGCAAACGCCGGAAGACACGUACCGCUGCGAAGCUCGUUCGCCAACCUCGUGCAACCAUGAUUCGACUGCACAUUCCAUCUUGAGGUACCUUUCCGUCUUCAUCACGCACACGCCGCCGCCUCCACUAGUGGAAAG